CAGAAUCUAAAGCGCGACACCAAACGUUGUGCGGUCGCGACGCACGUGUCAAAACAAAACUCGCCAUAUUGUUUCCUUGGCCGAUCAAAGUUUUGCUGAAACACGCAGCAGUGUUAAACAGCAAAAGGGGGCGCGAUGUGGAGCGUCUCGACACCGUUGUUCUUGUUCUUCUGCGGGGCAAGUUUCUUCGUCAUAGGUACUUAUGCGGUGAAGUCAAGAUUUGCGUGCGAGGGUGAGAAGUUACGCUUGCGCUGUGGAAGUGGCUUCAUAAUUCGUAUAUACGGCGCCAAAUACGGUCGUUUGGAACGCGGGAGCUCUAUAUGUCCACACGAGAAUAUCACUGACCUAAACUGUCAGGCAGAGGGUGUGCUCUUAAAAGUUACAACAGAGUGUGGCAAUAAAAAACGGUGUAUUAUAAAAGCAGAAAGUUCAUUUUUUCGAGAUCCUUGCCCCGGCACAUACAAAUAUCUGGAUGUUAUUUACGGGUGUGUUCCUGGCGAAAGCUGGACUCCGACACCAACGUCAAAAAAGUCAAAAACGAGACCUCAUCUUACCAGAACAACUCCAGUAACCAUAAAGUCGCCAACCACAAAAAGACUCCGGGUAGCGAGUUCUACAGACAGCACAGCGGGCCAAAAUAGUUCGAUAAACAACAUGAACGGAACCGAUCGAUCUAACACAACGGGAGAAUAUGUACCAACAAGAAAAUCUACCACUCUUGGCUGGAUGUCCACCUGGACCACGAAGAAAACAAAGCCGCCUCCAAAAGCUCCAGAUUCAAAGGCUUCAGGCAGGGAAGGUGAGGAGGGCGUGAUUUUUGCCCUGCUGAGAUCUCUUUUCGUCACAUACAGGUUCAUUUCAGAAAAAUCACGCGACACCCUGGUCGUAUUCUUGUCGGCAGUGGCUGGCGCCACUGUUUUUUUACUUUUGUUUCUGUUAGCAAUUCAUCUCUGCAAGAAAAAACUAAGGAGGAGAAAAUUUGCUAUGGUUAAGAGAGAAGACGAAGAUGAAGUUAACAAAAUAAAGAGCGUGACAAUAGAACUGCAAGGAAGCGAUGACGAAACCAAAGAAAUAAACGUCAAACCAGGAGAUAUCAUCAUCAUUGAUCACAAUGACGAUGAUCGAGCGGGAAGCGAGGAUCUUGGUUAUCUCUCGGAAAUAGUCCGAUUCUAUAAUAGUCAGAACAUCGGCAGCGACGAUCAGAUAUCGAUUAGGAAGCAAUUUUCCACUUGUGACAGUCCGUCAGUUAUUUCGACCGAGGCGAGUGAAAGUAGAGACAGCAAAUAUGGUUCUGUCGGAAUGAAGCAGUGUACCUGCCAACAUGGGUCGUUGUUGCGUCCCUCAUCUCCACUUGGGAUUAUAUAAGAACGCGAAAAGGUCCAAGCAAGCAAAGGAAGACGACUUAUCCGUGGCUUAAUUGUUCUGAUCAAAAAAUUAUGCCAGAAAGGAAGUAAGAAACAAGACAAGUUAAAAUUGAAAGAUGAGAGAACUCUGCUCUCUGAACGGCUAAGCAAACUCCAUGAUUCAGGAUUUGACAUCUGAUAUAAGUAUUCCUGUUCAGUGAGUGGCUGGUUUUGUAUUGCAUUGAUGAAGUGCUGAGAAGUAACAUUCUCUUUGCUAAACAUUUUAUGCGUGUGAGAAAGACAUGAGUACUGUAAUGAAAAAGUUAAGAAAUUCCCAAAGACCCAGCACUAUCCACUGUCUCCCUCCCUUUGAUUUAUCGCACAUCAGCGUCGUUACAGUACGCUAUUUUUUUGUUUGUUUUUGCUUUCGUUUUCAUUCUGUUUAGUUUUGUUUUGUCUUGUUUUGCUUUAUCACUUAAGGUACCGGAUACCUUUUGGUAAAAAAGAGAGACUUGUCGUAACCAAGGAGUUAUAUAAAGUUCCUUUAUUUUGGUACAUUUUAUUUUGCGGGCUGGCCUGAACGAGACUAAAUCAAUCAAUAUUUAAAGCAAAUCUCGCAUAUUAAAGAUUUUUGGCUUACUGAACACUAAAGAGGUGCAACACCUCUUAGUUAACUACUUUGAUUAUUACUCUGCUAUUGUAACUUUUUUAAACGUUCGAAAAAGUAUUUAAUACGGUUGUGUCAGUCAUUUAGCGCACCACGAAGUUGAAACGUCAAGAAUGCUUUACUUGGAAUUUUGAGUCCAGAUGUAUGACAGGACAGCAAAGAAAGGAGAAAAUUCAAAAUGAGGCAAGCAAUCAAAGAAAACCAAAUUGAAACCUGUUCUGACCAGAGGAUGCAAAAAAACUGCUAGAAUUAUCUCAGGACAUUACCAAUGUAUACUUAACAAAUGGUAAACACCACAGCGUACACUAUUGAGUUAUGGAUGCACGCGGGAGGUU